UCCGUUUUAGGGGUAAAAUUCCGGAAAACAUUCAAGUCGCACUUUGUGAAGAGAAAAGACAUGUUUCAGAAAAGCAGACUUUCAGAAGAAAUGACUUCUGCUUUCAAGACAUCCAAGAAAAAUCAGAGCUUACCUCUGGUGAAACCUACCACACACCAUUAUCCACAGGCAUCCCCUCUUCAGGAUUCUCCGUCAACAGCAUCCACAAAAGCUCUACCUGGAAAAAGAGAAGCGCUCCUAGAGCAGCUAAAAAUGCAGAAGUUUAAAGCUUCUGGAAAUGCUGAGGAAGCUCUCUCCGCUAAGGUGGAGCGUCUCCUCAAGUUCCAGGCUCCUGCUCCACCCACUGUCCCCAGAAGAGGACGUGGGUUGCGGCCAGCCCAGCAGGAGACUCUAGAGCGUGUAAAGGCUCAUCAGCCUGACAUGAACAUAUCACGAGGCUCUCCGUGGGUGACUGAGUAUACGGAAAACUUUAGUUUCCCGCAAACUGUCCACCCAACUUGUGCUUCAAAGAAAACUGCAUACCCUUUGGCCUCGAUCUUUCAGAGCACACCUGCUACUCUGUUUGCAGACAAGUAUCGACGCACCGAAUACCAGGCCAUCUACGGUCCUAAGAUCCGCACUGCUCUUUUCAACGUUACUCUGUACCGACAGAUCCAUGGUACAGCUUAAAAGCAGGUCUUCGGGCGCCAAAUGUAAAAAUUUAAUGCUCUUUUCUCAGAUACAGUGGAUAUAAAAAGUCACAACCCUCUCUUAAAACUGCAGGUUUUUGUGAUGUAAAAAAAGACACAAAGAUCAAUCCACAUGAAUAUAGCCAAAUAAUAAAUAUAUCCACUGUAUAUUAGAAAGAGUAAUUCAUGAAGCUUGUUUGGGACCUCGAUACAUUUGGCGCCCCAUAUUCCAUGGAUGUCUGAAUAUGAGGAGAACUGCAAAUUCUUCGGCCUCAUCACAUCAAGACCGCCAGUCUAUUUGCAGAGAAGUAUACACAUCAAACACCAGAGCAUCCAGUGGCUGACAAAAUAGUGCAAAGAAAAGUUCCCAGACCAAAAAAAAUAGAAAGAAAGAAAAAAAAAGAGCAAAAUGUGCUGUGCUCUCAGGGAGGGAGGGGUGGCAUUAUCUCUCUCCUCUAUCAAUCACAGUGACACUAGCCAAUCAUGGGCGUCUUUGAGCUCAUGAACGUGGAAGCAGGCGGAUAGUACUUUCCUCUGAGUGUGUGAUGCCGCCCUCUGAUGUUGCAUGAGCAGCAGUUUGAAAAAGAUGCUGGCUUGGAAGAAGGACGUGAUAGUCUUUGCCCUUCCUGGUUGUAGCUGUAGUGGAGAAAUCGGAAGAAAUAGGGAGAAAAUUGUGGGGAAAAAAAAUUUAAACAAACAGAAUGAUUAAUAGAAUUAUUGUUUGUUUUGUCUCUUAAAUACUUAUAGGGGCUUGAAAUUGAUGAGAAUUUGCUUAUUUAAAUAUGUUCAUUAAUCACUUUUCUAGCCUUUUUAGGACCUGCAGACCCGCAGAUGCCAUUUCAACAUCUCUGUGUACUAACAUACCCACAGACUUUCACAAGCGGCUUUAAAAAUUAGGGCUUGGGCUUGGUGUGAGAAAAUAUACAGCUGAGUGAGCAAGUUGCUAUGAAAUGCUAUGCUAUGCUAUUUUUGUGCCUCUAAGUGUGUCUUGCAGGUCCCCGUUCCUAAACCAUAUGCAUGAGCGACAUGUUCUCUUAGCUGGAUCCAUCCUUAUAAAUCUGACAUAUUUUUUUAUUCUCUGUCAGCAGCCUCAUUAGCAGGAAACUGCCAUAAGCAUUGAUUAGUUAAUGUGACAAGGACAUUUCCUGUUUUACCCAUUUAAUAUAAAAUUUGGUCUUGUAUUACAAUUAUAUUACAGCUAGGCUUCAGAACAUGGAGAUGGAGGAAGGGGAUGCGGCUUGCAGAAAGUGUCUGUUACGCUGCAUUUUACUUACCUCAGAACUGGUCACUGGAUAUCGUGUCAACGUUAAUAUCAUUUUAUCGUACAAGCCUAGUUACAAUGCUUGUUUGACUAUAGUGCUCAGUGCCAGCUGAGGAGGACAGUUCCCCAAAAGGCCAGGUCACUUCUGAGGUUUCUCCAUAAAGCAGUCUAUAGUAAAUAUAACAUGGAGUUUUUCCUCACCACUGUUGCUCUUUUGGGAUUAAGGCACUGGGCAAAGUACAAGUGGCAAGUAAAAUCAGAUCUAUUAAGUGCAGAAUGUUGUACUCCAUUGCUUAACAAUAUUUAGGGAUAACAUACAGUCAUUUGAUCUGUAUAGUAUUGCAAAUAAACUGCGUUUCCCAUAAAGUGAUGUGUUGCUGGUCUUUACUGCAAAAUUCCUGGGAAUCUCCACAGUGAGAAAUCUAACAGGUCACUUUCUAAGAAAAGAGGACACAAGAACAGAAAGAGGUUAUCCAAAGUCGCAAUAUUAAAACAGAAUAACUCCCAAGAGACACUUUUCCUUUACACUGUGAAUUUCACAGGACACACACUUACAUUCCUGACACUUCAAAUAAUGAUUCCUUCUUAUUUUCAAAUGUACAUGAACAGCUAAAUAGUUUGAACGAAAGUGAUUUACGUUUAUUUUUACACCAAUGGUGGUUUGUCAUUUUACUGCUAGUUCAGAUGCUCAUGAUUAUCCAUGAUUUAUUUACUUCUAUUCUUUAUUGUUUUUUGCAGCUGUGUCAUGCAAAUGGCUACACAGCUUUCUCAGAUUUUGUUUUGUUUGUAACUAUAUAUACACUAUAUGGCCAAAAGUAUGUGGACACCUGCCCAUCACACCCAAAUGUGAUUCUUCCCCAAAUUCGAAUGCAAUCAUUGUGACCAACAGGUACAGAGGAGCAUGCCAAGAGAAAGAAAAGACCCUAGGAUCUCAGUCAUUAACCUCCAGGUUCGCAAACCUGGUCCUGGAGUACACAAUGUUCCACAUAUCUUAGUGUUUUUCUUGGUCAUAUUUCACCUGAUCUAAUCAGCUAAUAGUUCACUUGAUCUACUCAGCUAAUUAGUAGCUCUCUGAGUUGAAGUACUUGGAGUUCUUACUCAUAAUUUUACCAUCAGAUGAGUUUGGAUUGUUGGCUCAAGAUAUUUGAGAUUAUAGCCUUUCUAUUUUUAUAAGAGCAGAAUAACUUAAACUGAAAUUCCUGCAAAUUCUGUGUGAGAUUGGGUUGUUUAGUUAGAUGAAAAAAAUUCAGGACAGAUAAAGAAGUGGUCCAGUUUGCUGGUUCUGUGAAGAUUCUGAAGCACCAAAUGGGGUCCAACCUUCCUAGCACCCUGAAUUUUCCUGAUUUUUCGGUAAUAUUACAGGCAAAGGGUAAAACCAGGAACUGUUUGAUAUUUGAUUAUAUGUUGGCUGCACCAGAAGAGUAUAUAAUAGCAUAUCAUUGAUUCAUUCAUCCUCAGUAACCACUUUAUCCUGGUCAGGGUUGCAGUCUAUCCCAGGAACACUGUGUGCGAGGUGAGAAUACACCCUGGAUGGGAUGCUAGUCCAUCGCAGGGCACCAUACACACACACACACUCAUUCACACUCAGGGGCAAUUUCAUGUGGCCAAUCCACUUACCCACCAACCAGAGAAUGAAACCUGUUCCAGCAUGACAAUGCCCCUGUGCACAAAGUGACCGUAGAUUACCGAGGUUGGAGUUGAAGAAAAGAGC